ACUCACAGGAUGGUGUCUGACUUCAUAAUUAAAGCAAUGGAACCCAAUUAGAGGCUCUUAGUUCAAUACUUGCAGAGGCUCUGCUGACACUGGCCAUAGCAGCAGCUGGAAAGGCAAUUUCAAAACAGAAGAAUGGAAUACAUAUGAGUUACAGCUUGGCUGGAUGAAGUAUCUGUAUGAAACACACCAUUAAGUGGUAUUUAAAAAGUGUUUUCCAAGAUCAUCUCAUGUAGCCAAACUGUAGUUGCAUCUGCAGUCUGUUGAACUGUUUGGAAAAUUGUCACACAUUUCUGUAGAGUUCAGUGUGAGCAGAGCCAGUAUUGCAUUUAUUGAAAGGUCUGGGCUGAGGUCUGUGCAUCCUUCUGGGAGAGAAGAGAGAGAGAACAUGGCUGCACCUGAAGCUGGAAGCACAGACCCAUGUCUUCCUCUGGAUUCAAAUAGAGCAGAGAAUGGGGCAGUUAAUGGACACAUAAAACAAAUGAAUGGAACCAUUAAAGAAGUACCCUUUACAGAAUUUCCAAUGCAUGGGUUUCAGUGUUGUGAGAAACGGAGAGCACCUUUGUGGACAGUUGUGAGCUUGAUAUGCAAUGCAGUUUUUCUCAUCCCAAUCAUCAUUUUAAGUGUGGUUUUAAUAUCAGAGAGAAGAAGAGAGGCACAGCUGUGUUCUCCCACUGCUCCAGUACACAGUUGUCCUGAUGGUUGGAUUGGAUACCGAAAGAGAUGCUACUAUUUUGCAGAAGCAGAAGGAGACUGGGAGUUCAGCAGGAAGAACUGCUCUGCCUUCGAUGCCUCCUUGGCUGUCAUUGAUUCCCAAGAAGAGCUGGAUUUCUUGAGACGCUACAAAACGUCUGCCGAUCACUGGAUUGGCCUGAAAAGGAAUGAAGAAACAGAGGCCUGGAGAUGGAUCAACGGUGUCAUUUUCAACAACAUUGAUCUGCACACACUCCUUGCAGGAAGUGGCAGCUGCCAGCGGGUGGGACUUCACAUUCGUGGAAGAGGAGCAUGUGCUUAUGUGAAUCAUGAGGGGAUUGCCAGCUCCAGCUGCGUAUGGCAGGAGCCCUGGAUCUGCAGCAAACCACCUGUCAGCUGAUCAGACAAGCUUUACACCCGUUUCAAAGCCCUACAAUGCAUAAUUAUCUUCAAGAACCCGUUGUGAACUAUGGGAGAAGCCUGAACCCUGGUCCCUUUGGAAUCAGAGAUGACUUGAAAGAGGAGGAGCAACAUCCCAAACCUGUCUUUGCUUGCUUUCAUGCUGUCUGGAAUUAUAGAAUUAUAGAGUUGGAAGGGACUUCAAGAGGCACAGAGUCCAGCUCACCACUAAAACAGGAAAUCCACAAGAGAGGUUGUCAGGAUAUUAUGGCUCAUAAAGUAGAAUUUAGUCUUUGUACAUAAACCAGAGUGUUCUUCUAGACAUACAUUUUGUAUCAGGUGUGCAGCUACAAGGUUAGCACAUGUAGAUGAUGUCAGCCCUGAAAUGUGUAUUGGACAUGAUAUAAUGUCUGGGAGAAGACAUUGCAUGAUAAUGCUGGUGAUUGGUUGUGUCACGCUAUUUAAGUGCUGCACACUAGAGUGGAAUAUGGAGCUUUAUAUGUUGCUGCAAGAAGUGCUGUCUAUUUAUUUUACAGAUAAGGGUGUUGUUUAGUCUGCUGUACAUAGCUCUGCUGUUCAUAUUUUGUGUAAAAACAUGAGUGCUGAAGGUAUCUACCAUCAGCCUGUGCUUAAAAAUCUUCAAAGAAGGAAAGUCUAGCACCCUCUGAGAAAAAUCCCAAGCCACUGUUGAAAAGCUCUGCUGCUAAACAAGAUCUUCCUAAUGUUUGGGCAAAAUCUCCUAUCUUGUAAUGAAUCCAUUAUUUCAGACCCUGUCCCCUGGAGCUAGAGAAACAUGCUUGCACCAUGUUUUAUGUGGCAGCUUUUCAAAUGUUUGAAGAUGGAAUCAUAGAAUAAUUGAGUUGGAAGGGGCAGUCAUGGUAUGAGAGCUGGAGUGAUAUAUGCAGUUGGAAUGCAAGUGCAAGCUAGCAUUAGUGGCUGUAAUGAAAGACGGCAGAUGGAUAGUGAGGAGGAAUUGAGAGAUGGUCAGUCAUCCCAAAGUUAGCCCCCUCCCUUAUCAAAAUGGGAGUACAUCCUGGAAAGAUUCUUUGCCAGGCAGCCCAAGAAAUGCAGGAACAGAACCUGAUGUAUCCCAUGAAGGACCAGGAGCAAUUCUCCACUCCUGGAGAAGCUGUUGAGAAAGAGUCAAGGGUUAGUUCUAGCAGCUUAUCACAUCCGAGAGAGUUUGUUGCAAAAGAGGGAGGAAUUGUGCAGAGAGCUGGAGGGGUCAGCAGGGAGAUGCAAAUUGGGUUGUUUAAACAUCUGCUCCACCUUAAAUGCUUUGAGUGUGGCGAUGUGGGACACAUUAAAAAGAAUUGUGGGAGACUGACAAUUAGAAAGCCAAAAACCACUGCGCAACUCAACGUGAAAAUUAUCAGGCCAGUGGGUUGAGUAAUUGACACUCAGGAGCCAUGGUAUUUGGAUCCAGAGGUGGAUGAAUGGGAAGCAUGGGGAGGGUGAUCAUUGGAAGAAGAGUUUUGCUUCCCCAGGCAAGAUCUACUAGGAGCAGGUAUGCAUUGAAUUGAUCCUGAGUCAGCUGAGCAAAGCAGAGGGAGAGGCCGAGGUUAUCCAUCAUCAUCAACUAUUAUUGUAGGCUGCGGCAAAAAAUGUUGCCUCCAGCUAGAAUUGAAGGUCAAGCCACAGAGAAUUGCUUUGUGCUCUCUUCAGAAGGCUUCUAUGCAAGGCAUUACAGCUGUUAAAGUGACAGAGGAUCGUUGAGACUUCCAGGGUGUGGAUCCUGAUACCAUCGUAACUAGAGGUGGGGAUGAACUGCCAGAAAAAGAAAAAAGCUGUUUUAAUUUUGUUGGUGAACUUGAUUCUGUAUAAACCCAUAAUGUUUUUUUA